UAAAAUUCAAAUGAUUAAAAAUCUGUAAACACGUGGACGGUGGAUAUUGGUUUUUCGCCAAUGAUUAUCAAAAGUGUGAUUCUUCUUCUUCUCUCAUUUUGAUCUGAUCAUCCUGAGAUGUGGAGUUACUUAUGGUGGUCACUGCUCGUGCUCGUAGUGUGCAAAGAUAUCACCGUGAUGGCGAUUCUCCUUCCUAGUCAAACCGGAGUUGGUUCGGUAUGCUCCGCUCCGGAUCCGAACCUGAACUACAAGCCGGUUAUCGGGAUUCUGACACAUCCUGGGGACGGCGCGACGGGUAGAUUGAACAAUGAUACGAACGCGUCGUACAUCGCAGCUUCGUAUGUGAAAUUAGCUGAAGCUGGUGGAGCUCGUGUGAUACCUCUCAUCUAUAACGAACCCGAACAGCUUCUCUUUCAGAAGCUGGAGUUGGUGAAUGGUGUGAUAUUUACUGGUGGUUGGGCUAAAGAAGGAUUGUAUUAUGAUAUCGUCGAAAAGAUCUUCACUAAAGCUUUGGAAAGAAAUGAUGGUGGAGAGCACUUUCCCGUUUAUGCCAUUUGCUUAGGAUUCGAGCUCCUUACAAUGAUCAUAAGUCAGAACAAAGACAUUUUUGAAAAAGUUGAUGCGAAGAAUUCUGCAUCAAGUCUCCAGUUCGUUGAAAACGUUAGCACCCAAGGAACUGUUUUCCAAAGAUUUCCCCCAGAGUUGUUGAAAAAGCUCACUACAGACUGUUUGGUUAUGCAAAACCAUCAGUUUGGUAUCUCGCCAGACAACUUUGAAGGCAAUAUUGCUCUGUCUCGUUUCUUUAAGAUCGUCACAACAUGCCUUGAUGGCAACCGCAAGGCUUAUGUUUCAACCGUUCAAUCGAAAACAUAUCCGGUAACCGGCUUCCAGUGGCAUCCUGAGAAAAAUGCAUUCGAGUGGGGAUCAUCGAAAAUUCCACACUCUGAGGACGCGGUCCAGGUGACACAGCUCACUGCGAAUUAUCUAGUCAGUGAAGCUAGGAAGUCACUGAACAGACCACCUCCUGAGAAAGUGCUGAGCAAUCUCAUUUAUAAUUACCAGCCUACGUACUGUGGAUACGAAGGGAGAGGUUACGACGAGGUUUACAUUUUCACACAACAAAGAUCCCUUCUCUAAAGAUCAAACAUCCUCUCGUGUGGUUACUCGAUUGAACCAGUGAUGCUUCUUCAAUUCUGUUAGUAUCUGUAAACUUUGUGUAACAUUCUGAUGAUGUCUAUGGCUUUGUACCUGUGAAGUGUAUUCUUUACUUGAGUUGAAAGAUGUCAAAUAAAAACCUCAGCAACGAAGUUUAGUAGAUAGCUAUGUUGGGCUUAGACAUUUGAUAUAUCAGGUCAAAAAAACCCCCAAUAAAAGCUUGGUAUGUGUUGG